AUGCCCUCGGAUGGAUGCGAUCAGGCCUGGCAUCUCCCUCCCGAGCUUCUUUGCAAGAUCUUCGAUGAGUAUCGACAAGAGCAGGUCCUCGACAACUCCUCGACGUGUUACCGGAAUUGGAUGACUGUGACACAUGUCUGCUGCUCUUGGAGGAACGCCGCGAUCGACUGCCCGAGUCUUUGGUCCUACAUCUCUGACAACGUAGGGCCACAAUGGAUGACAAUCCACUUUGAACGAGUGCAAUCCUUUGCCCCACUGCACAUCAGAUGGAGCCGCAGGCAUGACCCGAGCCUUCCUUCUCCGCUUGUUGAAUUCAUUCCCACCAACCUGCACCGGAUAAAGGACCUCGAAUUGGAGGAGAUCGACCUUUCCUGGCCGGACGAUCCGAAGGUUCGUCUCCUGUCUUCCAGCUAUGCACCGGUUCUGCAGUCACUGUCCCUGGCUUGCACCGGGGGGUUCGUGAUCCCGGAAGACACUCUCCACAAGGGCGCGCCACGGUCGCGGAAUCUAGUCUUGCGCAAUUGUACCGCUCCGCCAAAAUGCACAUCGUUGCUCCAAGGGCUCACUCACUACCACCAACUAAUUGACGACACCAACCGCUACUAUCCGAUGUUCUCGGCGGGCCUUUUGGAGAAGAUGCCGAAUCUCGUCGAGUUAAAGAUCGAGUGCGAGGCAGUCUGGAGAACGAGCACAGACGGAGGUGUCGCGAUUCUCUCCGCGCUUAGAUCUUUGACAUAUACAGGCGAGAUGCGAUCAUGCGAAGCGUUGUUGAACUACAUUGCAGUUCCACGGUCAGCCAGAGUCGACAUUGAUUGCACUCAAAGCCAACCCCUUAUACCACCACUCCCAACCGGUAUCAUUUCUCCUCAUUGGAUAUCCCCCAGUUCUCUCGCGCAGUCCCCUCCAUCCGACUUUGCUCAAGGCGGGCUGAAAAGCUUGCGCUUUGUGCUGGACUCCCACCAGAUGACUGUGCAGAUGUGGCACGACCUCGUACAGCUUGAACAGGGUACGGAGAGGCCCCCUCCCAACUUAUCCUUCGGCGCCCCAAAGUUCAAACGUGGUGGAAACCUCAGUGAAGAGUCCCGAUUCCUCGCUUUCCAGCCGCUGGAGGAUGUAAUUUCUAUGGAACUUGACUGGCUUUGGAGGGCGACAGGCAUAGGGCUGAGUCAGGCGGUCCUCAGCAGAUUGACUGAACUAGAGCACCUGGCGUUGUGUAGUUCUGCAGGUCUUUCGGUUUUCCUCCAUAGCCUGAAGGAGGGCGGCCCUCCUUCUGCCCUUCCGAACCUCAAGACUAUCACGGCUCGAGGCGUCGCAUUUGGGCCAGACGGGGGAUGCGAGGAGCGUUUUUGUGACAGCUUGGUGGACAUGGUUAGCUCACGAUCUCGGUUGGGCAGGGAAAUAGAAGAGGUCAAGUUGGUAAAGUGUUCGUCGAUUACUCAGGAGGAGAUCGAAAGGCUGAAAGAGUAUGUGACACGCGUAUUUGUGGAAUGA